CAAGCAUCCAGCACAUACGGCCACAGUCAGCUGAAAACUGGGCAUCCCGUCCGCUCUGCCAUACAUAAGCAGUUGAACGGCAGAUUAGUACUACGGUGGGUGACCACGUGGGAAUCCCUGCUGCUGUAUGUUUUGCCUUUGCUCUUUUUGCUACCCACUAAUGCCGUCAAGCAGAAUCAGCUAUUUAUUUCAAGCGAGACUGCAGAUGUCAUGGACGACGCAAAACUUUUAAAAGCCCGAGUUCUCAAUAGAAGUCGUCAAGUCAGAGCCGCAGGCCUCAUGAUCGUCGCUAUGGAUCUCGAGAUGACUGGCAUACUUGUAUGGUCGACUCGGACUCAAGGAGUUAGAUUGUAG